AUGGGAAAUUAAUGUAACCAUGUUGAAAUCACUGAGGAUGAGUUCAAAUCUGUACAAAUUGAAGGUGACUCUGACUCAUUCUUUGUCUACAAGUUUGAUUCCAAAUUCCCAUCUCCAAAUAUCUCUGAUCUUGGAAAGCUACAAUCUCUUGAUUCAUCUAACAGUACUAAAUCCCAAUUUCAUGAUACAGUCAAAAAAGUCCCUUUCAAUGUUAAAUUACAUCGAAAAAGAACCUUGAACUAUGAAAGUAUCCAUGAUUCACAGGCUCAAUCCCCUACAAAUUUGGUCUCUGAAUAUUUUGAAUACCCAAACGGUGUUUAUUAGGGUACAUUAAUUGAUGGCAAAAGGGAAGGAUAAGGUUAAUUUUUUUAUCAUGAUGGUUCAUAUUUUAAAGGAAGUUGGAAAAAUGAUAUGGCAGAUGGUUUUGGUAAAAUCAAGUUUUAAGGGGGGGAACAAUAUGAAGGAGAGUUCAAAAAUGAUUAACAACACGGUUUUGGCAGGUACGUAUCAAAUUAAUUGAAAUAUGAAGGAUAAUGGAUAGAAAAUCUACCUUCUGGACAUGGAAUUGAAAUUUAUAACAAAUAUUAUAUUUACGAAGGGGACUUUUAAAAUGGAAUGAAGCAUGGGAAAGGGAAGAUCCUAUGGUAUAAGGAUGAUUCAAGGUUUGAGGGAGAGUUUUUUGACAAUUAAAUCAGUGGAUAGGGCAUAUACUAUUUUGGAGAUGGCGAGACAUAUGAAGGGGAAUUCAAGGAUGGAAAGAUGCAUGGCUACGGAAAGUUGGUAUGGCCGAAUGGGAAAAUGUAUGAGGGAAAUUAUUAUAUGGGGAGAAAGUAAGGAUUUGGAAAGUUUACAUCUUCGGAUAAGGUGUAUACUGGAGAAUGGUAUGAUGGAGUGUAUCAUGGGUAUGGGAAGAUGGAAACGAGAGAUAAAAUAAUAGAGGGAUAUUGGGAAAAUGGAGUUUUUAUAAAAUGA